GGGGGUUGUCAACAGCCCAGAAAGAGAAAGACGGAGAGGCAGAGACCCAGGGGAGCCGAGGAGCGGAGACACGGACCCAGCGGGGCCACGCGGGAGGAGACUCGGGACACCCAUUCGCUGGCUGCCACCGGGAGCAGCGGGGGGCUCGGCCGCCCCCUCCCACAUCAGUCUCCAGACCCUUGGGGCUUCAGAGGCCGCUCCUAGGCUCCUCGGAGGAGGCGCGGGUUCCUUCUUUUCCGGAGAGCAAACUUUCCUCGGAGAUGCCUCGCAGGAUAAGCUGCGGCCCCCGGAGAGGUCGGGGCAGCUUCUGAUCGCCGCCUGCGUGCCCCGCCACUGCCCGUGGCCAGGAGGCCCCAGGGAACCGACAGCCCGACCUCUUAGGCGCCGGGACCCUCAGGCUCAGAUCAGUGGCCGAGGCCCCAGAGUUUGCAAACUCAGCUCUGGAGUUCAGCAGCAACAGCAGCAGGAAAAACCUGCCCCUGCUCCCCCCUCCCGCCACCUCCCCUCUCCUCUUCUCCCCUCACCCAGCAGGCACCCCCGGUUCCCGCCAGGACCUCCUGCCAUGUCGGACCCAGACGUCCCCAGGGGCCCGGAUGCCCCCGCCAUGUGGCCCCCUUGUUCCAGGGGUGCCUGAGCCCCUUCAGGGAGCCCCAACCCACCCCCAACCUUGGCCCAGCCCUGAGCCCCAGGGACCAUGAGCGGGGGCAAGAAGAAGAGUAGUUUCCAAAUCACCAGCGUCACCACGGACUAUGAGGGCCCCGGGAGCCCAGGGGCUUCGGAUCCCCCUACCCCACAGCCCCCAACCGGGCCCCCGCCCCGCCUGCCCAAUGGGGAGCCCAGCCCCGAUCCAGGGGGCAAGGGCACCCCCCGGAAUGGCUCCCCACCACCUGGGGCCCCUUCCUCCCGUUUCCGGGUGGUGAAGCUGCCCCAUGGCCUGGGAGAGCCUUAUCGCCGCGGUCGCUGGACGUGUGUGGAUGUUUAUGAGCGAGACCUGGAGCCCCACAGCUUCGGCCGACUCCUGGAGGGAAUUCGAGGGGCCUCAGGGGGCGCCGGGGGCAGAUCUUUGGAUUCCAGGUUGGAGCUGGCCAGCCUUGGCCUGGGCGCCCCCACCCCACAGUCAGGCCUGUCUCAGGGCCCCACCUCCUGGCUCCGUCCACCCCCCACCUCUCCUGGACCUCAGGCCCGCUCCUUCACUGGGGGACUGGGCCAGCUGGUGGUGCCUGGCAAAGCCAAGGCAGAGACACCCCCACUGUCGGCCUCCCCACCCCAGCAGCGCCCCCCAGAGCCUGGGACCGGUGAGAGUGCGGGCACAUCCCGGGCUGCCACGCCCCUGCCCUCUCUGAGGGUGGAAGCGGAGGCUGGGGGCUCAGGGGCCAGGACCCCUCCACUGUCGCAGAGGAAAGCUGUAGACAUGCGGCUGCGGAUGGAUUUGGGUGCUCCAGAGGAGAUGGGGCAGGUGCCCCCACUCGACUCUCGCCCCAGCUCCCCGGCCGUCUACUUCGCCCACGAUGCCAGCCUGGUUCACAAAUCUCCAGACCCCUUCGGAGCAGUAGCAGCUCAGAAAUUCAGCCUGGCCCACUCCAUGUUGGCCAUCAGUGGUCACCUAGACAGCGACGAUGAUAGUGGCUCCGGAAGCUUGGUUGGCAUUGACAACAAAAUCGAGCAAGCCAUGGACUUGGUGAAGUCCCACCUCAUGUUUGCGGUCCGGGAGGAGGUGGAGGUGCUGAAAGAGCAGAUCCGGGAACUGGCGGAGCGGAAUGCUGUGCUGGAGCAAGAGAACGGGCUGCUGCGCGCCCUGGCCAGCCCGGAGCAGCUGGCUCAGCUGCCCUCCUCGGGGGUCCCACGGCUUGGGCCCCCCGCGCCCAAUGGGCCCUCCGUCUGAGCCUCCCUUCCCUUACAAUGUGCCUUUGGGGCUGCCCGGCCUUGCGUCAGCCGCCUGGCCCCUCUUCCUAUGCAGCUUUAAUGUCCCCGUGUCCCUGGGGUGGGAGUUCAAGGCUCAGUAACGGCGUGGUCCCCCGGCCCCUGCCCCAUCUCCUCAUCAUCCCCAGCCUUGAUGGAGGAGGGAGGGCUUCAGGAUGGGGCGUCAGAGGGAGCCCCCCUCUGGGAGGGAACCAACCCCCACCCUCCCUCGUGGGACCCCCAGCAGUAGACAGCUUGGGGGAGUUGGAGGCUCCUUGGCAGACACCCCACCCCCACCUUGUUCCCUUGAGGUGCCUCCUCUCCUCUGCCCAGGGGAGGGAGUGUGGACAGUAUCUGGAAGUUCUGGGAUUCAGGUUGUUAUUAAAAUAAUAAUAAUAAUUAAAAACUCUGAAGAAACUUGAA